CCCAUCUCGUCUCGUCUCCGAUAUAUUUAUAGACUCGUCAUCGGUGUACUGUUCGUACCGUUACCUUAUAGGAAAGCCGGUCGGGGCACUCGGGAUUCAAUCGGCGAUUCAAGCAGUAACGCGAGUGAGCGCGACAGCUUAGUAACGGUCGUCGCGGUAACCGCGAGAAACGCGUUUUUCACGAUAUCCGUUACGAUAUCGCUGGAAAUUGGCGUUACAGAUCGCAAAGUUCCUUUUCAAGGCCGGGGAAGGCGACAAUCGUUCGCGCUGGCUGCCGUUCGCCGGCGUUUCAGGUCGAGCGCGCUCCGACGAUUUUCCGCGCCGGUUCAGUUGCUCGCUUUUUCCGAUCGCGCGCGCGCGCGUCCAUCGAUUUCCAGAUAAUUUUAAGAAUCAACGCUUCACAAGGCUGCACGACUGAAAGCCGCGGAGAUACUUUAUUUCACGCGGAUAUCCACUUUCCAUUUUCCAUCUUUCUCGUCUCGGCAGGCCUCCUCUGCCCGCCCCGUCGUCCUGCCUGCGCCGACGGUCGCCAACAAAAGCGCCUCGGCGCUUGAAGAAAGCUCUCCCCGGUGACACGUCUCGCCGAAGCAACUCCGCGUGAAAAUGCCACUUCCCUCGGCUAAAGCCGACCCGGAUUACGCGCGAUUCGCACUUUCCCACAUAUGCGUACCAUACGAGGGCGCGACGCAUCGGAGAGCAGUGGGCGUAAUCGGUGCACACACGUGGGAAACACGGCGACAACGUGGCCGCGACGAGCGAGCGUGGCCGCGGAGGAGGCAAGAGGUGUAUCGCAAACGGGCAGGUAGGAGAGGUGUAUACACCUCCUGCGAGUUUACGAGCUCCACGGCGAGCUCAACGAGCGGGCAGUUACCUUUCCGUUUCGAGACCGUGAGGAUCUACCUCCCUCCACGCUGCGGAGCUCGCCGAUCGCCUACCUCUGGGUAACUCGAGGGGAAUGAGCCGGCCGAAAAUGACGUCCGUUUUCACGAUCGCGUGCGCCGUUCUCGUCGCGGCGUCGCGCGACGCGCUGGCGAUCUCGUCGUCCUGGCGACCGAUCGUGCCGGCGCACAGCAGCGCGAGUAUACUGCACCAGGAGGCAUCGAUUUUCGGAAACGCGCCAACGCAGACGCUCUACGACGUGGACAGCCCGCACCACCAUCUGCUGCUGCCGCAGGCUGAAGAGAGCUGUUCCCUCUACAAGGUCGCCAUGAGCCAGCAGCUGUACUUUGAGUACAUCCAUUACAAGACGGACUUGCCGGACAUGAAGGAGUUCACCCUCUGCAUGUGGACGAAAUUUUACAAUCACUCCAACGACCAUCCCUUGUUCUCUUACGCAGUCGGCGACCAGCCACGAGGGAUACUGUCGUGGGUAGCGAACACGCCAAGAAGCUCGUACUACAUGCUUAACGUCAACGGUCACAACUUGUACAGAUUGAAUUAUCCGUUGAGACUUAACAAGUGGUACCACUCCUGCCAGAGCUGGAACGGUCGCACCGGGGAGUGGCAGAUCUGGGUCAACGACGAGCGCGUAGGUCGCGGGUUCAACAACAGGUUGGUCGGCCACGCGAUCAAAGGCGGCGGCAUCGCCAUUUCGGGACAGGAGCAACGACAGCUGGGCGGUGGUUUCUUGGAGGGCGAAGGAGCACCACCGGGCUCCGGCGGCUAUCUGGGCGAGCUGACGAUGCUGCAGCUCUACAACGUCGCCCUGACCGCGGGAAAGGCGCACAAAGAUCACAAGCACCAUCACGCCCAUCAUUACGAACACGAUACGAGUAAUAACACGCCGAGGACCACCACGCGAGCGCCCGUAACCGGACCGCCUUUGCCGCCGCAUCCCUUCCUCACCGGCGGACAGAUCAAUACACAAGUGAAGAUCAAUCCGGGAGCGGCGAUCCAGCUCGUACGAAACGGCGUGACCAUUCGUCACCCCGCGUUACCGCCGAUAUCGCCGGAGUCGCCGCCGCCGCAACCGCUACCGCCCCUGAACCUCGAUGUGCUCUCGACGGCGUUCCCCAACGUGCCAACGCGAUUCUUCGGCAACCCGUCGUCGCUCUUCCCGGGCGGGACGUAUCACAACCUCUUCAAGAGAGAGAAGAACGAGUCGUCGAAGCGACGAACGUUCAAAGACGAGACGGUGGUGUCGAGCUUGAUCAAAUCUGAGAGACCCGUCGCCAAGAGAGACACCGAGAAAAGCUCGCCAAACCCGGCUGCCGCCGCCGCCGCCGACGACUCCGACGGCAAGGUGUCCUUCGUGCCAAAGUCGGAGACCGCGGACGAGAAGAAGCUGGACAAACGGGAGAGCGACAAGAAGAAGAGGGGACUGUUGCAAUUGGGCGACGGAUCGAUCUACGACGACGGCUACUCUAUCCCUCAAGGCUUGGACAACGAUUAUUUCACGGGACUGACGAGCUUCGGCUUGCACCUGAAGGAGACGAGCGAGGAGGACGAGCGCGAGCCGGCCGAGGCCGAGGUCAAGCAAGUGAUGGACAUGUGCGACGGCUGCGCCGACGAGCCGUUCGAGAAGGCGUUGAUCGUGGCCUGGAGAUCGGUGCCCAAGAAGCUGUAUUCCGGCGCGUUGUUCUUGCCGGCGGUGCCAGCGUGCAAGGAGUUCUAGGAGUCUUCAACGGCGAAACACGUGCGACCGAUCGUGCGCGAGAGCUGACGAGUUCUUUCCGGGACGUAGCGCGAAUUUCGCCGGGAAUUCGCCGAGCGAACGCGAGGGACGCGCGACAUCACGCCGGUGAGCGAGCGAGCGAGCGAGCGAGCGAUCGGCCGAUCCACGGAGGAUCGAUGAUCUCUCGAGAGUGGAACCUCCCGAGGUAUCCCACGCCAUGUUUCAGUCGCUGUGUAUCUUUUAGUUGUUACGAGCGGAGAACGUUUGUCGGAGACGAGGCUGCUAUGACACGCGGUAAGCACGUCGCGCGAAAUAAUUCGUAUACAAAAAUAAGGUUUAUUUAAUUAGUAGAGAUUCUUCAUUCGGUAACUUGGAGCUCUCUGUCGCGCGCGCGCGCGCGCGCUCUCUUUCUUACUCUUACGGGAGGAGCGAACGUACUUUGUCAUUUCAUCGGCGUAAUUAUAAGAUAGUAUUAUUUCGCAAGCGUAUCGGCGGAACGACACAAGAGCGCGAUGACGCGAUCGCUCCAUCAACACAAAAUACUCAACACGGUCUCGAGGUCUGCGAGGUUGAUCGAUCGGCUUUGAAUCGAGACGAGAGAGAGGUGACCAAGCGAACGAUAAAAACCGCCUCGAUCGAUCAGCAGCGUGCAGUUCUUGGUGAACUCAAGACUUAGUCCUAGUGAUAUUAUUUUUUCUUUCUCUUGCGUAAGAGUGCGAUGUGUGUAUCGAAUAAAUUUUUAUGAACCGUUGCGGCGUGCCCCUCUCUCUCUCUCUCUCUCUCUCUCUCUUUUUGUCUCAUUUGCGAGUAUUUGAGCAGCACCGGCACGACACGGAGGGAAAUGUCCUUUCGGGGGCGACACCGCGCGCGUAAUUGCGCCGGGGAGAACAUUGUGUGUGUCACUCACUCACUCUCACUCUCUCUCUCUCUCUCUC